GUAAAAACGAAGGAAAGUGAGAGUGUGGAAUGCGUAGGGUUUAACAUCGUGUUCCAAAACUCUUUGCCGUGGUUCUUCUCUUCAAAAAUUCACUCUAAUUCUGCGUUUCCUCCAUAGUUUAGAUGUUAAGAUGAAGGAGUUAUCUCAGAACCAAACUAUCGCUGUCCAUGGUAUAGCUGGUGCUGGGUCAGUGGCUUUUGCCACUGCCUUCACUUAUCCACUCGACACUAUGAAAGUUCUUAUUCAGGUUGGUUCCAGUACUGGUAAACAAUUGGACGCUGCUCAGGCUUUGUCGAGAGUAGUCUUUCUGUCGGGUAAUGCAGGUUUGUACAGUGGUUUUGGCUGGUUGGCAGUUGGAAGGAUUUUUGGUCUGGGAGCACGAUUUGGGGUUUAUGAAAUUCUGACUGCCUUUUAUAAAGAUGGUCGGGAAGAUAAUUAUUUGUUUCCUUCCGAGGCACUUUUGGCUGGCAUGGCAUCUGGUGCCAUUGAGACUGUCAUAAGCUCUCCAUUUGAACUCAUCAAGCUUCGCAAGCAGGUUACCUCUGCUUCAUAUGUUCCGAGCCCCAACUUUGCUCUGGAAAAUGGGGCUCGGAAACCUUUAAUUGCAAGGUUACUUAAUGGUUGUUAUCCAGACAAAAGGUCCUUGGACCUGUAUACUCGUCUUAUCUCCACCUUAACAACAAAAAAUACGAACAUGACUAGUGCUUUACUAGAGUAUCCAUGGACAAUGUCAGGAUCUGGGAAGCCACCAGCAGUUUCCAGUGUCACGAGACCAUCUGACAUUAUAUCUUUGGAAGGCUGGAGCACUUUAUGGAGAGGUCUUCGUUCUGGAAUUGCACGAGAUUCUGUAUUUGGGGGCGUAUUUUUUUCAACCUGGCAAUUGCUUCACCAAGCUAUGGUAGAUUGGAAGGCUGUAGGAAUGAAUCCUCCACCCAGGUUUAAUGAAGACAUUGGUCCAUUGUCUCCUUUUACUGUUAGUCUUACUGCUGGAUUCUCAGCUUCAGUUGCUGCUGCUGCUUCUCAUGGUUUUGAUACUUCAAGAAGUAGAUCACAAUGUAAUGUUCUUCCAAAGUACAUCUCAAUGGAGAGAAAGAUUUUGAAAUGGAAGCGACCAGGAAACAAGUUUGAAAGAAUUACUGGGAUCCAUCCUUCAGACAGGAAUGUCUUGUUCCACGGUAUUGGUUGGCGGAUGGCUCGCGCUGGGUUGGCGUCAUCCAUGAUUGUAGGAAGCUAUUUAUUUGUUGCUGAUCAGCUUACUUCUAUUUUGACUUGAUUGCCAAAUAUUGAUACCCCUUGUUGGUUAAUAUGUAAUGUCUACUAUUUUUUCUCCUGGAAAAGUGACAUGAUUUGGGAUUGUGCUCUGUACUAGUUAGUAAAUGAAAAUAGAAAGGAAACAGUACUUGAUGCUACCACAGUUGAAUUGGAUACUGGUGGGAACCAGUACACGGAUUCUAGUCCAGAUAGAAAGCGAGAAGACUACAUUUAUUCAAUUCAUACAAAAGAUCCUUGAUGUGAGGAUUCACAAUGGGAAUUUGUACCUUCCAAUGACUGGUAACUUAAUAAGAUUAUACAUUUUCUGGAUGUUUA